CCGCGCCCCCACCACACCGACCGCGGCUGCUGCGUGCCGCGUGGGCGUGUCCGCUUUCACGACCACGACGAGCUCGCCGCCGCGGCGUGACCCAGCGUAGUACGGCUCUCAUCCGCCCACCCAGACCGCUCGCUAUUUCCUUUCCCCCCUACUCCUCCUCUUCCUUCCCCCGUCGCGGAGGAAGACAAAGACACGCGUGGAGAAGCAAAGGCUCGGGGCUAGAUUUGGGAGGUUCAGGAGGACUCACUCAGGAGGGAAGCUUUUUCCGGUCGGCCGGCGACAUGGCGGAGGAGAAGAGCGCUCUGCAGUCGGCGAGGGAGUGGGUCGUGGAGCACAAGCUCCGGGCCGUCGGGACGCUGUGGCUCAGCGGGAUCGUCGGCUCCAUCGCCUACAACUGGUCCAGGCCGGGCAUGAAGACCAGCGUCAAGCUCAUCCACGCCAGGCUGCAUGCUCAGGCUCUCACACUGGCUGCCUUGGCUGGGUCUGGGCUGGUGGAGUACUACGAUCACCAACAAGGGUCAGGAUCCAAAGUCCACCAAUACGCAAAGCAGUUCCUAUCAUCUGAUGCUGAUAGCAGUAGCAGCCCACAAAAAGAGUAGCAGCCUUACGAAGUACCAUCUGUGGAGUGGGUCAGUGGGUGUUAUUCUCUGAUCAAAUAAUUUUGCCUAUGGCAUUCUGUGGCAACUUAGGCGGAGCUUCGCCUGAUUUUCUAUGUAAUGUAAGCUGCUGAAACCUGAAUUACCGUGUAUGAAGAUGGUACCAUGCAUAUGUUUUCCUGAAUGUCUUGAAAUGAAAUAAAUGGUUUUUUUUUUA